CUGGCGACGCAAGCAAUGUCAGAUCCACACGCGCCAUCGACCUCGGCGCCGCUGGCUCACGUUACGCCUCCAGAGCUCGAGCAGACCCUCACCCUUCUCACCUCGCACCGCUCUGUGCUCGGCUACAUGCUGCUCUCUAGAGGACAGCCCGUGACGAUCAUCCGGCAUUCUGGAGUGGUGUUCGAGGGCGAGCAGGGCAAGAAGUACGCGAGCGCGAUAGCGAGGAUAGUGCAGAGCGUGCAGACGGGGCUGGAGGACGUGAGCGGCGGGCAUAACGAAGGCGAUGACAUACGGUUCAUGAGGAUAAGAACAAAGCGCCACGAAAUAAUGAUCUCACCUGACGAACGCUAUCUGCUUGCCGUGUUGCACGAUCCCGGAGCGACGUGAAGUCAUUCUGAUGCUACCGCCGUGCAGAUCUUCGAGUCUGGACGCCUCUCUUUUCGCCACCAUCGCCCUUCGUCGCUGUCAAUGCCUGUUUCAGUAUCUUGGCCCCGCAGCACCACCCUGUAGCAUUGGAUACCGUCUAAAUUAUUCAUCUGCGGUCGCGACGCCUCAUCCC